UCAUAGUCUUUGUGAUUUGCUAGAAGAAAACAAAUUUGCAAAACAAUAAAAAAUAAAUAAUAAUUACAAAGUUAAUAAAAAAUAAAUGCAGAUUCAUAAAACAUUAACAUUGUGAUAUGUGAAACGUGUUUUCUAGUACAGUAGCAAGAUAACUGUUCCUACAUCAACAUUAAAUGAUUAUAAGGAUAAGGAAACGAUAAAUAGCAAUGACAUUACAGAACGUGAAUGCAUUAAUUAAAUUUAAAUUGCAUCAUAAUUUAACAAUUAGCGAUUAAAGCGUGUGACCUCAUGAGCGAAUUAACGGGACGUUUGCGUUUCAUCGCGAACAAUUCAUCCAAUUCAGAACGCUGCGCAGCUAAGAACACAUUUUAUAAUUCAUACUGUGUGCCUCGAUUAUAUCGACAAUCUGAAGCUACAUCUAUAUGAAACAAAUAAAUCAAAUUGUCGGAAAAUUUUAACGGAAACGCAAAAAAGCAAAAUAUAUCAAUAACUAAAUAAAUAAAUUCAAACAUCAAAUCAAUUCAAAUCGAAUACAGAUUUCAAGUGUAUUCUAAUUAAAUUUCAAAUGAAUUUAAACUUUAAAUUUCAAAUGCAUGUAUACCAAAUUUAAAGUGCAUUUAAAUUUCAAAUCUAUCCCAAAUACAUUUACAUUACGUUUAAAAUAAAAUCGGCCACGUGUAUAUAUAACCGUAAAAUUAAUUGAUUUACUUGAUGCAUGUUUUAUUUAAAUGAAGCCGGAUUAUUAACAUAACAGAUAAUUACAGAUUGCAGGAACGAGGCUCUCGUGAUCAAAUUCAAGAUGACACGUCCGUCACCGCUCACCGCGUGCUCCUUAAGAUUAGCGUCGUCUCUACAGGCGUCUACGGCGCAUCGCGACGCGCGUUGCGGAGCGGAGUCGCCGAGAGUGGCGCGCGACCUCAGUUCGCGCACGGCCGCCGUGAGAGGAGGACGUACCGUAUUUUCGGCGUGCGUGCCCGUGAGACGAGAGAGGAGAGAUUCGUCCCCGUGGUCCUUCUCGCCGUGUCGCUCGCGCGUAUCCCCUCGCCUCAUCUCGAUUCGUCCGCGCGGGUGUCCGAUGAUCACCAGUCAUGAUUUCCACUAACGCACGACACCUUCUGCCAGUCACCCUCUUGCUGCUCUGUACCCUCGUGACCACGACGUACGCCAGAUCUUGGGAUUUGGCCGUGGUGAUCGGCAGCGAGAUCGACUUCUUCGCGCGGAACCAAUCACUCACGGGCCAAGCGAACAUCGGGGAAGCCGUUGCCCUGACUGGGGUAACGUAUGACGACACCACACGAACGAUGUAUUUAUCCGACACCAGGAACAACGUGUCCAUAUUUAGUAACGACCUCACGAAGAGGAAUUUCACGUCGAUCCCUUUGCUUAAAAAGGAGAAUGGAACGCACAUCAUCGGGAUCGUCUUCGACACACCGUCGCGCACCUUGUUCUGGGCGGAUGCCUUGAAGGAGAACAUCGUGAAGAUGCAUGUGCCGAUGGAAGGUGAACCGGGUGACCCGGUGGUUUUGCACAAUCUCACCGGAAGCAGUCCACGUGGCAUCGCUCUCGAUGUGUGUAACAGUCACAUAUACUGGGUGAACAGCAACACCACGGAUCCUAGUAUCGAGCGUUCCAAUCUCGACGGGAGCGAUCGGAUAAUCGUCAUCAAAGAGAAUCUGUACGAGCCCCUGGCGAUAGCAGUAGACCACGCGGAACAGAAGAUCUACUGGAUCGACGAUGUCGAGGGGAUCCACUUUAAGAUCGAGCGCAGCAACCUGGACGGCAGCGAGCGGGAAAUGCUGGUGCACAGCAAGCAUCAGCAGCCGGUCUAUCUGGCAGUGGACAGCGAGUCGAUAUACUGGUCCGAUUGGGUGCACAGCGCGAUCUGGACCAUGCCGAAGAACGCUAAGGCCGGGGACAUUCCGAUGAAAUUCAAGUCGUACUACGAUUCUAAGAGGGACGCCGAUCCGGCCGGCAUCGUGACGCGCGACAACGUCGGCAACAUCGACUGCUUGGCGAUCCUACCACGAAUGGAGAAGAGGACGAACCUGUCGAAGCCCGUGCUUCGAGUGAUAACCGAGACGUUCAAUAAUCUAACUACCAGCACGGAGGAAUCGGACUUGACCACCGAGAGCUCCAGUUACUGCCUAAACGACGGCCAGCUGAACAAAAUAAAUAACACGUGCCAAUGCAAACCAGGGUUUAGCGGAUCUUUCUGCGAAAUUUCCCUUUGUCAUAAUUACUGCCUUCGUGGUAAAUGCGUCGUGAACCAUCACGGACUGCCCGAGUGCGAGUGCACAGGCACGUUUAGCGGCGCUCGAUGCGAGAAGGAUGUCUGCAACGGUUACUGCCUCUACGAUGGCGACUGCUUCAUCCAAAACGGAAUGCCGUUCUGUAGCUGUAAAUAUUCCAAAGGGAUUCGAUGCGAGGAACCGAACGAUAUCGCGGAGAUCUGUGCGAUUUAUUGCGCGAGCGAUCGCGCUGAAUUAUCCGACAUUAGCGUCACCUCCUGCAGGUGUACGGACGCCAACCAAACGGCCGAAAGGAUUACGCUUAACGAUAACUUCCAAAGCGGUACGCUGCUACCGAUUUUCAUAACCGUCAUUGCUCUACUUCUUUUAAUGAUCGUCGGACUCGGUUGCUACGUGAACCAAUUACGAAGGCGACCACGGAUUAAGAGGCGCUUCGUGGUCAGCAAGGGUGGCGUGACGCCGCUCACGUCCCGACCGCAGAUACCGGACAAUCAGUGCGAAAUUACCAUAGAGAACUGCUGCAACAUGAAUAUCUGCGAAACUCCGUGUUUCGAACCAAAAUUGCGAAACGGAGUGCCACGGAGCAAUAGUACGAAAAAGGAAGAGAAGAAUUCCUUGCUGGAUAACAUGGAGGGUAACUCGUGCUAGCACAGACUACUCUCGUCACGUCGUAUGAAAUGGCGCAAAUUCCGCGGGGAACUCUGCACGGGCGUCGCACCGCGUCGUUGGAGGUCGUGUUCGCGGGGUUGUUCCGCGCCUGUAUAUACUGCGCUGGCGACGGCGACGGCGGUGGUGACGGCGGUGACGGCGACGACGGCGGAUUCUAGUAUCGUUGUUAAGUUUGGAAGCAUCCGCGUUUACGCGGGACGCGCGCACGGGCACGCCGUGCCGGCGACGAUCUCGCUCCAUCCUGGGAAAGGAAGCCAAAGGUCUUUUUAGAAAGUCCUAUCUCUUAGUACGUCAUACACGUUAGGGCUGUGUCUUAGAACCAUUUCUUCAUAUAGUAGUCAUUAAAUUCGUCAGUUAACUCCUGUUGUUUUUUUUUUCUUUUUUUUGGUGGACGCUCGCGUUUCUUUUCUCUUGGACAACACGAACUCGUGAUUCACACACGAUUGUACACCCGACUCUGGUCCCUACGCUUGACUAAUCUGCCAGAAAGCCACGAUCCCUCUUCCUCGUGGCCGCGCACAAACGCGUUCACGUAUCCAGAUAUCGAUGAAAUUUGCGAAGGAAACGCAAGGACGCGUAAGAAGAUUCCUCGACACGGAGUUCCUGGUAAUCACAAGUACUGCCAAAUAAUGAAAAGAAAUGUGGACACGGUACCUAGGAACCGUUCCAUAACGCAUCGAUAAGCCGGACGAUAUAACUCGGGCUCUCUGGCGCGGAAAAUUCUCUCACAUGUCUUCUCUCAUCCUCAUUUUUAUCACGCUUAUUUUCCCCGUAACAUUGUAUCAAAAGUCGCUGGUCUCAAAGGGAACUCUAUAUACGUUCAAGCAAACUGAAGAGAAUUCGAGGAGAAAGAACAGAGUAGAGUAGAGAAAACGUAGCUGUCGCAGUCACGGAGUAAGCAAACGUUGCCUUAAGCGGUGAUUCUAAUCGUUGCUCAAAGUAUCAUUCCCGAAAAAGAAAAUUUAGAUCGCGACGCGGCCUCGCAGAGGCGUCAUUAGUUCCCUCGUAACGUUUCUUCACUGAGCCGCGUGUUCGUCGACCUCGGGCUUCGUAAAACGGAAUUACAUUAUUAAUUUCGUCAGGUGAUGAUUUGACGUAAUCUCAUCCCCCACGGCCGUGUUUCCUCGGUCUUACUUCUCGCUUCUCUCAGGAGAAUCCAUUCGCGCGGUGGUUUCGUAUCGCGACCGAGCCGCUUCUAAUCCCGCAUUCCCGGUUAACGAAUCCGUUUCCUUCAUUUCGUGUAUUCCCAUAAUCAUAAUUCGCCACUGACCAUUUUCAUUAUACUGUGUGAGUACAAUAUAUACGCGCGUUGUACAGUGUGUAUGUGUAUAUGUACACAUAUACAUGCAUAUUUGUAAUGUUCACGAAGAUACGCGGGUGGGGAACUCGAGUUGGAUCGCGCCCUCGCGGCAACCUUUUAGCGCGAAUCCGCGAUUCCGCUAUCGGGACACUGAGGUCUUAAUCUAACUCGGGGAACGCUGCAUAUAAAUUCAUAGUAGAGUAAUAUGUAAAUUUACAUAACACGGUAUAUCUAGGCAACUAUAAAUAUAUAAUGUACGUACACAGGCUCUACACUGUGUGAAGUGUGUAUACCGGAUAAAAUAAGAAAACGUUCAUGGAGAGUUACGAUGCCGACGAUCCUCACUGCUGGAUCGCCCAGUAACAAAGUCCUGAUUCAAUUAAUUAAAUCAAUUUUAUUUUAAUUACAAGUUAGAAAAUUUAGAAAAUUUGUAUGGAACUUUCUUCGAAUAUUUUUACGUUCGUUCUGUAUCGAUAUGCGCAACGCGAAGCCAACUUUUAUGUCUCCCUCUCCCUCUUCUUCCAGUUUUAUUGCGGAAGUGAAAAUUGUUUUGUGUUUUACAUCUCCCGUAUGAUUACGUAUGGUUCACGUGCGAGGUGAAUAGUGCACUUGUACAUUAAGAUUGAUGUUAUUUCUUGUUGUUUUGUUCUUAAGCAGGAUAUGACCGCGGAUUUUAUUUUUCCUAAUGUCUAUAUACCCGUGGAAAUUGAUUAUAAUAUAAUUAGCAGUUACUUAAAGCAUAUAACUUUUGCGUGCACCAAAGUCGUUUUUAAUAGUAGUAAUAACUCAAAACGAAGUACAAUUGUUGGUUUGCAAGCAUUGUCACGCUCGGUUGAUCGGCAGGCCUUUUUACGUUACGACGUUGAAUGAAACACAACAAAAGCUGCUAUUUGAUUUUAAACUAGCGCUCCAACCAGACAAACCAAUGAUGUUUUCAGUAAUUAAUUUCCGUUCGUAGGAUUUACGUUACUCUUUUAUGAUACGGAAUAAUGUUCCUGUCGUCGUGACAACAAAUCAUUCGCAAUACAUGACGAUGCUUUUUGUUCCUGUAUACGAUAGACGCUACUUAAAUUGUCACCAUUGCUUUUUUUAAAUCUAAUAUAUAAGUUUAUACUAAAAGUUUGUGACAUCUGCGAACUAUAUACAUAUAUAUAAAAACAUAUAUAUAUAAAAGUUGCGCGACACAUGUCAAUAUCGGAAGGUAGCCCUCUCCCACACACUCAUCCCCAGAGAUGGGAUAGUGGAUUUAUGGUGAAAGGGUUAUAUUCCUGAAAAAAAAUAUAAACCUACGACGCAUAGUGUGCAAUGUGUGUACAUUACGUUAUUUUAUAAAUUAUAAUUAUAAGAAUUAUAAUUAUAAGUUAUAAACUAGAAUUAUAUAAGAAUCAGUUUAUAUUUCAAAAUUCAUGCACUCAGGAUAUGUAUUACGUGCAUUAAGCACAUUUUCCAGUCUUUUUUUAUUAUGAACGAGCUUAUUUUUCGCAUGAGAGCGAUUAAUUUAUUAUUAUAUAAUUAUUUAUAUUAAAUUCUUUCUGCGUAAAAAUUCGAGAAUUUCUUAUAUCUAUCUUAAAUAUCUAUAUAUUAUAUACAUAUAUUUAAUAUAUUAUUACUUAAUACGCUGAAUAUUGAAUUGUACUUAAAAUGUGAUCAAUUAUUAGGUGCUGCAAAAUUUGUAAUAUACCUUCGGAGUCAUUGCAUACUUUGCGUCGCUUUACAAUGGUUAUAAUGCUGGUUGCUAUUGUACACGGAUAAAAGCGAAAUAAAAUGGAUUAUAUCU